CAAAUAUUCCGAACGCGUUCGACCAUGAUGUCUUUACUCCUCACCAUGGAGGGACAUACUUCCCCACAAGCACCAGAUGUCGACGACGCCAGGAAAAUGUCGCCGGUCGUCCAGGAUCCGUCCACUUCAUCUGGCGUUAUGUGUGCGGAGACGAUCGGGGGAAACGUAGAGGUGUUGGGAAGAGGGAUCACGUCCAUUCUGGAAAACCUAAUCAGUGGUUUUGCGGAUCGAGCUGAGGGUGUCGGACAGAGCCAAGUCCAACUUUCGAACAGCAUCGACAGGCUCACCCGAGAAUUAGAUCAGCUCCUAGAGGAUGCUCCCAUGCCUUUCAUCAUGCAACAUGCAUCAAAGAUUUCUGGACUGUGCAAGAGGGUCUCAUCACUAAAUACAAUUUUAAAGUCGAUGCAACGGCGCAUUGAUAAUAUAGACCACCUGCUCUCUUUACAGUUUUCAGAAGAUUGUUCGAGGCUGUUCCUUAUGGAUUGGUGAGGACCUUCAUCCUCUAAGGGUGGAACACAAGGAAACUUGCAAUCCCCAUGACAGGACCUUGCCGAGUACCAAAACCUUCAUCAUGAAAAUACUGCACAUUUUGGUGACUUUCACACAAAUCAUCGUCGAGAAUGACAAGGCAUUGGACCACUAACACCAUCACAAGCUCAUAAAAAUAGAAGGAUCAUAUAUAGAACACUGAUCAGUAUGAAUAUACUCAUAUUCAAGGGCAAAAUAAUUGGGCACGUGCUGGAGAAUGGUUACAUGAGUUCAAAAGGGUUUUCCAAGUGCUGGAAGUCCACAGGAAGGGCAACAAGUUUUUGGGACCUACUUUCUUAAAGAGUGAUGCACAGUGAGAAUGGCAAAUGCUUUGUGAAUUGAGGUUUGAUUAUGGUCCAGCUAUGUGGGCCAAUGCAGAGGAUCAUUUAACAGUGCUUUAUCCCUGCUCAUGUACUAGAGAAGUUGCAGGAGGUUUUGGACCUACAACUGGAAAGUAGGAGAAUCUAUGAGCACGAUUAAUUUUAGAAACCUUCUGGGAUGUAACCCAUAAACCUACAGCACAGACAGUGCAACCAAAUUUAUCCAGGGUCUCAGAAAUGUUUGUCAUAUCAACAGUGCAACCUUAAUAUAUUUUAUUUUGGUGUUUUGGACAAUUGGUAUGAGCAGCAGACAUGUAUAUCAUCGAGCCAAGCCAUGAUCGAUGUGGACAUUGGGCAGGAUGGUAGAGCAGUAGCAGGACAAGCGUACACAUACACAGACACACACAUGCAUGUAUAUGAACUUGUGCACGCAGAUGAGGUCGACAAAAAAGAUGCAGGAUGGAAAAGUGGAUUAGCCUGAACAGUCAAGGAAAAUACUCCUGAACAUGUUCAGCCCUGACUUGCUAAAUCAGUUUCCUUAACCCCUCAUCAAGGAUUUCUUUUCUGUAGGUAGAACUGCUGCAAAAUUUUUGCAACUUUGAUGCAGCAGGAUUGGCAUCAAAGAUGAGUUGCAAGACCAUGUCCUCCUCUUGCAUUGUGUGUUUUUCAUUAGAAAAAAAAAAUGGUUGUUUUGAUGCUGCAGAC